GAGAGACUAUUUCGGUCAAUUUUUCUUUCAACUUUUAGGAUUUCGACAAUGACGUAACGAAUCCGUAUGAGCUCCAACUGUUAUCCGGAAAGUUCCUAAAUCCUUUGCUUUUCCUCCAUCGACAAAAUCCUCGGUUGUCUCAAACGAAACGAAUUCAACAUCUUUGAUUUGAAAUUUCUUUCUAUAAAUUUCGAUCUCUCAUUAAUUUUACAGUUUCCUUCGACAACCUUUUGCGUCAUCCUCUUCUCCUUUUUGUUCUCACUUCUUGGAAAUCUUGGGAUUUCCAAGAAGUUCCAAAAAAGGGAUCCAAAUUUUAAUGCAAAUUGAUUGUCAAGGAGAUUUAUCAAAGGUGCAAAGAAUUCGAUUCCGCAAUUUCGCAAAAAAUUGUAUGGCUUUCUUGUUGUCGCAUCGAUUACAAAAAGGGUUGAAUUGAGGCUGUGAGUUAAACAUCACUUAAUUUUUAAAUACUAAAGAGCAGCUAAUAUGCAGAGCCAGCUAGUGUGCAACGGAUGUAGAACGAUUCUUCUAUACCCGAGAGGAGCACCUAAUGUUCGUUGUGCCGUCUGUAAUACAGUUACCCCUGUUCAAUCUCCAGGAUUGGAAAUGGACCAGAUCAUAUGCGGGUGCUGUCAUACCUUACUCAUGUACUCUCGAGGGGCAGCAAGUGUGAGGUGCUUGUGCUGUCACACUGUGAAUUUGACGAGUUCGAAUCCUCCUCCAGUAUCAAACCAAGUUGCAACAGUGCGUUGUGGAAGCUGCCAGAUGACACUAAUGUAUCCUUAUGGAGCACCAUCAGUCAAAUGUGCUGUUUGUCACUAUAUUACAAACGUGGGAACUGCAAAUGGAAGUGUAGCAAGUCCUACGCAUAGACAAAAUGGUAUAGCUACGUCAUCAGCGUCUUCCACACAGUCCAUCCCGCAUUCCCAAAGUCAAACUGUGGUCGUGGAGAAUCCUAUGUCUUUUGACGGAAGUGGUAAAUUGGUCAGUAACGUUGUUGUUGGGGUUACUACACAAAAGAAAUAGUUCCUAGCAUGUCUCUUUCUUUUUUGUGGAAAAGCAAAUUUGAUUUGUUUUGAUAAUAUUUAUUAUUCACAGAGCCCGUUGUGUGUCCUUGUAUUUGUUGUAUCUCAAAGCAAUUAAGUGCUUAAUGUGAAUGUUGUAAUUAUUAUUAGUUUCUUCUUGGAUGGAUUGCUUGAUAUUCUUGAUCCGAUUUGCAGUGUGGUUUUUAUCUAA